AUCUUCCAAAUUUGCAACAAUAGUUCAAUAAAAUAGUCAUUUAUAUAACUGAGAUUUACUGCUGGAAAAGGUACUGAAUAAAAGGCAAUGUUCCCAUAUGAAAUUUCACUUUUUUUUUCCAAAUUGGAGGAAUAGAACAAAAUAGUGAAAGAUAAAUUGUAUGAACAGAUUAUGUUAUGGAAAAUAACAAUAUGGAUUACAAUUUGUAAGGUCUGAACACUUACUAUUAUCUAACUAACCAAAUGUGGCUUACUUUAUGCAUUUUCUUACUAGUUCCAUCAAUGUUAUCUUCGAUUCAACCAUUGUCUACACCCAAAUGUUCUUUUAUGCACCUCUCUCCGGGCACUUUAACUAACACACCUACACGUCUUCACUACUCCAUGCCAUCUUGCCAUUAUGGGAGCCAACAAUCUGCAUAUGGGGUGAUGGCAGUCUGCAGUAAUGCCUCUAUAUGCACAGAUGGGUUGGCUCCAUGUUUGUACAAACUGCCUGACCACACGCUGAGUACGUCCUCGUGUCCUCUGGGUCAUGGAUUUGCCCCGAUUCAUCAGUCGGUCCUAAGCGAAGAAUCUAUCGUCAUCGACCUCAAGCAGGAGUUCCGAAAAAAGAAUAAAGCAAUUGAGGAGCCAGUUAGUCUGGAUUCUCCAGAAAUCAAAGAGUUGGAGCUGUUUGCGAAUCAAUUUAAAGUGAGAAGAAUAAAGCUAGGUUAUACUCAAACAAAUGUUGGUGAGGCUCUUGCUGCUGUGCAUGGCUCAGAGUUUAGUCAAACAACUAUUUGUCGCUUUGAAAAUUUACAGCUCAGUUUUAAAAAUGCUUGUAAACUUAAAUCAAUCCUUUCCAAGUGGAUAGAUGAAGCAGAACAAGCAGGAGCUUUAAAUAAUGAAAGAACUGGAACAAAUGAAAGAAAAAGAAAGCGAAGAACUACAAUCAGCCUGCUUGCUAAAGAAGCGUUGGAGACACAUUUCGGACAUCAAAAUAAACCUUCCUCACAGGAGAUCAUACAGAUGGCAGAUAAUCUAAAUCUGGAAAAAGAAGUUGUCAGAGUCUGGUUCUGUAACCGUCGGCAGAGAGAGAAACGAGUGAAGACAAACCUGCAUCACAAUUCAUUUCAAUAUCCUUUCAAAGGACAUCACGAUUGCAGAUAG